UUUUAUCAGGCCGGCUAUUAGAUGUGUAGCAAAUCGAACACCAUUCUCUCCGGGGACGGACUCGAACCCUAAACCUACAAUCACACUGCAACAAGAACAACACCCAAAUUCUGAUUCUAAAUUUUCUCACACGUCACAUCACCACUCACCAUUUCCUUGCUAACGACCAACGGUUGCAUGCAGCUCGAUCCCUGACAUCGUCAAUGGACACCGUCGUCUACGGAGCACUCGAAGAAAUUUGCUCGCAAGGAGCUAACGGACUAACUCUCCGUGGUCUAUGGUCCAAGAUCCCCACUCAUCUCUCCUCUAAUGGUCUCCAUCUCUGCACCAACGUCAAGAAGGCCUUGUGGUCCAAUCUUCUUAAUAUUCCAAGUCUUCGAUUCGAAUGUGAAGGCGUUACGUACGAUGCUGAAGACCCUAAGAUUCAGUCUUUCGAAGAUGCCGAAGCGAUCGACUUGAGGAUUAUCGCGGCAGAGCAUCUGCUUAACAGCUUUGUCGGGAUUUACGACAUUAAAGCUUCGGAUGCCGGCAUUUCCCAGCCACAGCGUCGCGCCCUCGAACGUCUUGCUAUUGCUAGAACAGAUGGAGUAACCCAGAAUGAACUUGUGAAAGAAUUUGGCAUUAAGAACAACAACAUGUACUACAUAUUAAGGAAUCUUGAAACCCGUGGGUUAAUUGUGAGGCAAUCAACAAUAGUAAGGAAGAAAGAAGCUGGAAACGAUGGAGAAUACAAAGCUGGUUCAAUAGUAAACACCAAUAUGCUCCACUUAUACCGUUAUGCAAAGCCUUUGGGAAGCUUACAAAGACUUGAAAUUAUCAAAGAGAAUGAUGCAGACAGAAGAGUUGUUACAGGAGGUGGUGUUUCUGAAGAACACAUCAAAGAAGAUGUACACAUAAAAGACUAUUUACCUGCUAUAAAAGCUGUUUGUGAUAGACUAGAACAAGCCGAUGGCAAGGUUCUUGUUGUUGGAGAUAUCAAGAAGGAGUUAGGUUAUCGCAAAACUUCUGGACAUAGAGCUUGGAGAAGUUGGUCUCAGAUUUUACGCAGGCUGAAAGAUGCUCAUCUAGUUGAGGAGUUUCAAGCUACAGUGAACCAAAAGGAAGUUAGCUGCUUACGUCUGCUAAAGACAUUUUCUCCCAAAACUUUUGUCCCCAAAAGUCAUGGAGGUGGAGAUGAUGAUCUUGAUACAGAACAACAGGUCAAACUUGUCAACAGUGGUCAAAAUACUGAACAGCUUCUUGAACUUCCUAUUGAGCAACAAAUUUAUGAUAUGAUUGAUGCUGAAGGCUCAAAAGGGUUGAUUCUUAAUGAGGUAUACAAAAGACUUGGCAUAAAGAAUAAACGUUACUACCCUCGAAUUCUUGAUAUGGUGUCUAGAUUCCAGAUGCAUCUUGAGUCAGAAAACCUUAAUAGAGGUCUAGUCUACCGAGUUUGGACUUCUGGAAACUUCAAUUCUGAAGCUUCAACCUCACUCCCUAGUAAAUCAGAAGACACCAUGGAUGACAAACUUUCAACUCAAAGUCAAACCCAAGUUGGUCAACUCAUGCUUACUCACACUACCCAAGAGUCGGAUCAUCGGAUUACUACAGUCAACGCUGAAGCCAGUGAAGAACAGAAUAUUGAUCCAAUUGGUUUAAUUUCAACAGGUUCUCAUAAUCUUCAAAGUGACACAAGUGGCAUAAUUGUAAAUUUAAACCCUGCGUUAGAGAUAUCUUCAUCUGCUUCACCAGCAUCCCAUGUUAGGCGCUCAUAUACAACAUAUCCAUGUCUCGGUUUUAGUUCAGCUAGCUCACAAAGGGAACAAAGGAUACUUGAAAAGCUACAGGAAGAAAAGGUUCUUAUAAAACCUGAACUACAUAGGGUGCUUGAAAGUCUCGAGAAUCUUGACAAUAAGCAUACAAUGAUGGAUAGAAAGACAUUAGAGCGAAGUCUAAAUAAGCUUCAAGAAGAUGGACACUGCAAAUGCAUUAGUUUUGCAAUCCCUUCUGUCACAAACUGUGGUCGCAAACGUACAGUUGAUGUGAUCCUCCAUCCAUCUGUAUACAAAGCUGAAGAUUUAUCAGAUAUUGUUCAUGAGAAAAUUAGGUCAUUUGAAAAGCUAAUACGCACCCAAUGUUUCCCUCGACAUACAAAUAGUAAAUCAAAAUCAAUCCCUGUUUUAAAUAAUGUGGAGAGAAUUCCUACAACAAACGAUGUUCAAUCCGAGGCUUUUAUAGCAAUGAGGGAAAACGGUUUUGUUUUGGCUAAAAUGGUUCGUGCAAAGCUUCUUCAUGUUUUUCUAUGGGAGUAUCUGACAGGUGUCCCUGGGUGGGAUGAUAGUAUUAGUAUUCUAUCAGGAGAAGAAGAUGAUGUUAACAAGAAUCCGUAUAGUUCUUGCAAAUUGUUUGAAUUAGAUGCAGCUAUUAAAGCCAUGCCACUUGAGUUGUUUUUACAGGUUGCUGGGUCUGCUGUGAAACUCGAUUCCAUGAUUGAGAAAUGUCGGAAUGGAAUUCGUCUUUCCGAUCUUUCGAUUCCGGAGUAUAGGUCUCUCAUGGAGACUCGAGCAACUGCAAGGAUCUCUUAUGUUAUUGACAUCUUAAGACGUUUGAAGCUGAUACGUUUGAUUGGUGGAGAAUUUGUGGAGGAGACUCACGUGGGAGUGGGCCCACAUUCUACUACUACUACUACUACUACUCUUAGACAUUCUCUAGAACUUAAGCCUUACAUUGAGGAACCUGUUACAGUUGCUUUGCCUUCGCCAGGUGUCAAUUCUUUUGAUCUUCGUCCUCAUGUUAGACAUGAUUUUGUUCUUGCAUGUAGAAAAGGUGUUGAUGAAUACUGGAAUACUUUGGAGUAUUGUUAUUCUGCUUCUGAUCCAAAAGCUGCUUUGCAUGCAUUCCCUGGAUCUGCUGUUCAUGAGGUGUUCCUUUCGCGUUCAUGGGCAUCAGUUCGAGUUAUGACAGCUCAUCAACGGGCUGAGCUGUUAAAACUUGUAGCAAAUGAUGACUCGAAUCAAAAGUUAUCCUACAAAAAAUGUGAGAAGAUUGCAGAGAAUCUUAAUUUGACCUUGGAACAGGUGCUUCGUGUAUUCUAUGAUAAGAGACAAAAGAAUAAAUUGAAGGGAGCUGGAAGCACGAAAGAUAAAUCAUCAAAUGCUUUAAUUACUUACAAAAGAAAAAGAUCUUCGAAAGUAAAGACAGUAAAUAAUGAAAAAACUUUAAUGGAAAAUCUACUUGAAGAAUCUAGCAAAGUGAAGCAUCCCAAAUUGUCCCAUACACAUGUGUCAAUUGAUGACAUGGAUGUCCAGAAAGAGGCUGCUGAUGACGUGGCACUAAUUGAAGAUGAAGACGAUCAGCCUUACUCUGUGUCAAAGCUACAACAGCCUACACGCACGAAAAGAUUUCCAUGGACAGAAACAGCAGACAGGUUGUUGGUGAUUGAGUACGUGAGACAUCGUGCUACAAUCGGAGCAAAAUUUCACCGAGCAGAAUGGAGCUCACUUGAGAAUCUACCAGCACCUCCUGAAACAUGCAGAAGAAGAAUGUCAACAUUAAACAGAAACAAUCAAUUCAGAAAAGCUGUAAUGAGACUCUGUAACAUGCUUAGUGUCAGAUACGCAAAGCAUCUAGAAUAUUCCAAGAACAAAACACUCAUCGAUAAUCGGAAAGCUCCUGAUGUUGCUGUUCAUCCUUCAAAUGAGUUGGAUGUUGAUGAACAAUGGGAUGAUUUUGACAAGAACGAUAUAAAAAUAGCCCUAGAUGAGGUUCUUCAGUACAAACAGGUUUUCAAAAUUGCAGCAACUAAAGGUUCUUCUCGAUUCGUAUCCAACAACUGUCCUCGACAACAUGAAUUUGAUGAAACCAAUGUAGGUGUAGGUUCAUCAGGUAACCCUAGCGAUGAGUUUUUGGAUAGUGGAAGGAGGGAAGGUUCUGGAAGAAGAUCAAGAAGACGUUGUCUGCCUAAAAGCUAUGACAAGCUCAUGAAUAGAGGAAAAAGUUUUGAAACACAAACGUACAAAUCAUUAGCAGUUUCUAAUGCAAUCGAGCUUUUCAAGCUUAUCUUCUUAAGUACUGCAAAAGCUCCAGUUGUUCCAAGCUUGUUGGCUGAAACACUGAGGAGAUACUCAGAACACGAUCUUUUUACAGCAUUUAAUUAUCUCAGAGACAGAAAAUUCAUGGUGAGGGGUAACGAUGCGAGUCAUUUUGUACUCUCGCAGCAGUUUUUACACAGUAUUUCAUCUUCUCCGUUUCCUGUUAAUACUGGAAAAAGAGCUGUGAAGAUGUCGAGAUGGAUUCAUGAGAGAGAGAAUGAUUUGUUGGAGUAUGGAGUGAAUCUCCCUGCUGAUCUUCAGUGUGGCGAUGUUCUUCAUUUAUGUUUGCUCAUGUGCUCAGGCGAAGUGUCGAUGUUCCCUUGUUUGCCUGAUGAAGGUGUUGGAGAGAUUGAGGAGUUGAAGAAACGUAAUCGUGAUUCUGAUGAUAAACAAGAACAAUUGCGUGUUGAAAAAGCUAAAAAGCCGAAAAUAUUAGACAGCGAGAUUUUUUCUCGUAAAGAAAAAGGUUUUCCAGGCAUUCAGUUAUCGUUAACCCGUAGUUUAAUUCCAAGAAUCGAUGCGAUUACUUUUUCUGAAGAUAGAGACACUUGUCCUUCUGUUUCCAACUCAUCUGUACUCGUGGCAUCUUCUGAGUCAACAUGGGAAGGUAUGAGUAGGCAUGCAAGACACGUGGCAUCUUCUGGGACCUUUGAUCCGGAUAUGUUUAAAAGUGUUUAUUCAGCCAUCCAAAAGGCUGGGGACCAAGGGUUAAGCAUGGAAGGAAUCUCCGAGAUUAUUAUUACUGAUGUACAAGAAGGGGAAAAGAUGGAAGAAGUUAUUGUUGAAGUGCUUGAGGCAUUUGGGAAGGUUUUAAAAGUGAAUGCAUACGAUUGUGUCCAUGUUGUUGAUUCUUUAUAUCGAUCAAAGUACCUUUUGGCUUCAUCAAUGGCAUCCCACCAACAUGAACAUGAUCUUCUUCAUCUCAAGGAGCCUCAAACCUCCUCCAUUAAUGAUGAGUUACAAGAAAAUCGUACAAGUGCUCCUCCUGAUGAGGAAGUGCACAGAGUCACGAUUUUAAACCACCCACAACCAGAAGAAGAAGAACAAGUUGCUCAAGUUUUGAUUGAAAAUGAAAAGGAGAUUGUGAAAGUAACGUCUCCAAGAACAACAGGGACAAAAGAGGGAUUUUGUAUUGGUGAUUUUGAUGUUGAUUCGCCUUGUUAUAAGCCAAUUUUGCCUUGGGUAAAUGGAGAUGGGAGUAUUAAUGAGAUUGUUUAUAAGGGACUUGUGCGUCGUGUACUUGGUAUUGUGAUGCAAAAUCCUGGGAUUUUGGAGGACCAUAUUAUAACCCAGAUGAAUGUUUUAAAUCCUCAGAGCUGUAGAAAGUUAUUGGAGGUGAUGAUUCUAGAUAGUCAUAUCAGGGUGAGAAAGAUGUAUGCAUCUGUAUCGAAUGAGCCACCAGCCAUGUUACGAGGUCUUUUUGGUUGCAGCUUUAAGAAACCAAAGUUGGUUUUUAGACAACAUUUAUUUGCAAACCCUACGAGUAUCAACUGUUUGUAGAAUAUAUGAAUAUGUAUGUACAUGAAUUAUAAAUUAGUCCGUAUUUAUUGGUUUCUUAACCACUAUGUAACCUCCUUAUAAGUUAUAACUACUCCAAACUGUACAAGUCAUUUGUCCCACUUUCCAUCUAUGUAAACCUAAGAGGUUUUGAUCA